AUGUAUCCAAAGGUUUUCAUUGAGGCAGAAUUGGGGGAACAUCUCACCAAGUUAUUUCUAACGUUGGAUGAAGAUUCGCUUCGAGGUAUCAUGGCUCAGAUUGUCAGGGACGAGGGCUACGGACGCCCUAUUUACAAUGAAAAAAGAGAGGCUAUCUUCAUGAUCAACAUUGACCCAUCAAAGCUAUCUCACAAUAAUCCGCGAAAGAUGGUCACGGCAUACACCUUCAUGGAUGUUGAGGAUAUUCGAAAGUUUCUUAGGGAUUUGUCUUAUAAAUCCUGUGUCGAUCAAGAUACUCGUGGAGCCAAAAUUCGGUGUGAUCUCCGUCUGGAAGGUCAGAGAGUAGUCUCGCAGGUCAAAGUAUGGGAAGAGGGUGACUCAGAUUUCGACGAAAUUGGAGAUGAGGAUGAAGAUGAAUCGCUGUUUGAAGAGGUGCUCGGUGGCACAAAAGAUAGUUAUGCCGUCUGGAGAUGCAGGGUCUGGUUCGCAAUCGAAAAAAUGAGAGCUCCACAACUUCGUAGGGCUAUUCACAUGAUAUGCGGAGGAGUCUACAAGCUGAGAUUGCCCGCUGAUGAGGAAUACAUCAAUAAAAAGGAAGAUCCGGAUUCGCGACGUAUAGUCGCGGUAAUCUUUAUAGUUGGUACUCAAGUCGUCCUCACACACGAAGCCGAAAGUUGCGAUCUACUGGAGGACAUGACUGCUGAUGAGCUUAGAACAACCCUUUUAGUUUUGUUGAGAUCUGGACGUGUCUCAUUGCCAGUCUUUAACGGCAAGCAACUUUUUAUAGAUGGGUGCACAAUUACUCUCGAAAUGUGUGGAGGGGCCAAGCCGCAAAAUGAAAGUCCCAGUGAGAGCGCCAUUGAAAGCGUCAGUGAGAGCGCAGAACAGGAUCCAGCAGAUGAAUAUCCAGCAGAAGAUGAAGCAAGUGAUUAUGGAGUGGAAGUUGACUCGUCCGACGAAGAAUACCAUGAGCCUGAGAGCCCCAAUCCUAGGAAGAGGGCUAGACUGUGGGUUGAGCCAAGUCGGCUGCUCGGACCAAGAUCGUGGUAG